AGUUUGGAUACUCCGGAUCCCUAAUUAGCCUUUAAUCACACUAUUUAUACAAAAUUUUAAAUGCUUAUUCAUUUUUUCCAUUAACAUUUACACCGCCAGUUAAUUAAACCAUGGAGAAAGAACACGCCGGCGACCUUAACCCUACGACGGCGCUUGCCGCCACAGUCACCGGAAACCAAGAACCAAAUACUACUCGUCCACGUCAGCCAAAACGCUUCAUUAAAAACCAAAUCCCCGACACCAUCCUAAACAACCCAUCACUCAACUCCGCCAUCUCUCUCCUCCCUCAAAACUACAACUUCGAAAUCCACAAAUGUGUCUGGCGCGUGCACACCACUAACGCCAAGCGCGUCGCCCUACAGUUCCCCGAAGGUCUCCUCAUGUACUCACUCAUCAUCUCCGACAUACUCUCAACAUUCACUUCAGCGACACACGUCUUCAUCCUAGGUGACGUCACUUACGGCGCGUGUUGUGUAGACGACCUCUCCGCGCGUGCGCUCAACGCUGAUUUAUUAAUCCAUUUCGGACAUAGUUGCCUCGUACCUAUCGAUUCCACUACUAUUCCUUGUCUUUAUAUAUUUGUCGAGAUUUCAAUUGGUGUUAACAGGUUGUUGAAUGAACUGAAAUUCAAUUUCUAUGAUAACGCUGAUAAUGAAACGUAUGGUGAUAUCGUAAUGGCUGGGACUAUUCAGUUUGCUUCUGCUAUUCGGGCUGUAAAGCCCGAAUUGGAGAAAUUAGGGUUUAGGGUUUUGAUCCCGCAAAGUAAACCCUUAUCGGCUGGGGAAGUACUCGGUUGUACUGCCCCGAGCGUUGGUAACAGGUUUAAUGGUGUCGAGAAUGUGGUUUUGGUGUUUGUGGCUGAUGGUAGGUUUCAUUUAGAGGCGUUUAUGAUAGCGAAUCCGGGGAUAAAGACGUACAGAUAUGAUCCGUUUAUAGGGAAGUUGUUUGUGGAGGAGUAUGAUCAUAAGGGAAUGAAGGAUGAGAGGAGGAGAGCGAUUGAGAAGGCGAGGAGGGAAGCGAAGAAUUGGGGGAUAGUGUUAGGGACGUUAGGUAGGCAAGGGAAUCCGAGGAUAUUGGAUAGGUUAGAGAAGAAGAUGUCAGAGAAAGGGAUGACUUGGACGGUUGUGUUGAUGUCGGAGAUAUCUCCUACGAGGAUCGCAUUGUUUGAGGAUGCGGUGGAUGCUUGGAUUCAGAUCGCGUGUCCUAGGUUGUCGAUUGAUUGGGGAGAUGCGUUUAGGAAGCCUUUGCUAACUCCGUUUGAGGCGGAGAUUGCGUUGGGUGAUUUGUCUGGGUGGUGGGAGAGGAAGAAGACAACUGUGAAUUCAGACGACGAAGGUUUGAAGUGUUCAAAGAAUGAAUCUUGUGGUGAUUGUGAUAAUGGUGGUGAAAAAGUGAAGGAAGGGGUAAUUGCGGAUUAUCCGAUGGAUUAUUAUUCUCAAGAUGGUGGGGAGUGGAAUUCUUGCUACUCUAAGAAGCCGGCUCGACUUUCACAAAGAAGAAGUCAAUCUUGUAAUGGUAACAGUGCCGUCAAAUGUUCCAAUUGCUGAGCUGACUUUUUUUUCUAGCUGAAUACAUGCUGUAUCAUAAAUGGAGUUGCAGUUCAAAGGUUGAAGGGCAAAGAGCAAUCCGGAGGUUGCAAAAGUCUGGAGAAACCACCUGCGUGGCUUUGACCACAACCAUGGUUUUCUGUUGUCCUAGAAAGGAUCAGAUAAAUGUGGGAGUUCACUGAGGCACGAUUAAUGGAAGGCUGAAAAUCAGCAACGAGAAUGUAGUGUAUCUGGUAUCUUGCUUGGAUAUUCAACGAGUUUUUGGAAAUGUUUGCUUUUCUCAGCGUCACCAUUAAGCUUUUAACUGGUUGACGAAAAAUGGUUCUUUUGAUUUGUUUAUCUUUUGGUAGUAUGUACUAAUAUGUAUCGUACCUUUCCAGAGUCUUGUAAGUACUGAUAUCGAUGUCAUUUCAUUAACUGCCCUUUUCUUCUUUAA